AACAGAGUUGAAGUGAUAUGUGAAGAUUAACCAAAAACGACUUACUCAAGUUACAUAAAUAUAUAGAUACCUACUUGAUGGCGUCUGUUUCAAAACCUGGAAGAGUUCCAAAAUGUGCUCGUUGCAGAAAUCACGGUAUGAUAUCCACUUUGCGAGGACACAAGAAACAUUGUAUUUAUAAAAACUGUAAUUGUCAAAAAUGUGGUCUUAUUAAGGAGCGUCAAAGGAUAAUGGCAGCCCAGGUAGCUUUAAAAAGACAACAAGCAGCGGAAGACGCGAUUGCGCUACACCUCGCCGCUAAAGAAAGCGGAGCGACAUAUGAAUAUUUACCUCCUGGACGUAUUUUUGGUAUGCAGGUUACUUCACCCGAACCAGAAUCUGCGAACGCCGAUAACGACUGCAACGCUUCACCGGAUAUUAGGAAUUCAGAAGAGGUUGAAGUCAGUCAAGCUUCUAUAGAUAUGCUGGCUCAACUUUUUCCGACUAAAAAGAGGACUGUACUGGAAUUGGUUCUAAAAAGAUGCAACCACGAUCUUCGUAAAGCUAUAGAACACGUUAAUAUUAACAGCAAUCAAGAACAUUCUGAUCAUCAAUCGAAUAUUGAAGCUUCCACGUCAGCAUUCCGACCUGUAAAUGCUACAGCGAAAUCUUCGAAACCUUACCUGGUACCUCAUACUGGCAGUUUUUCUUUCAUACCAAACAAAACGUUCAGUUUAUAUCCUUUUUGGCCGUUAUUCAAUUAUCAGUUACCUCAGCCGAUUUUACAAAGUCCUGUUUUGGUUCAAGGAAUUUGUGAAUGUGAGCAGUGCAGAUCAUCUACUAGAGUUAACGUUGGUCCGGGUUGAAAAUAUCAUAGGAAAUGGUGUUUUCAAG